AUGCACUUCGUGGCUGGCGGUGCUGCUCGACGUGUGGGACGAGUCAGUGAUGAUGAAUACGAGACGUCAUCCUACGAGGAGACGGAGUCAUCGGACUUGCUCUCGGACAAUAGCGAAGAUUACGUUCCGUUGACAUUCGAGUAUAUCAGCAGCAACCCCAAACGCCGUGCUGGCGCACCAGCUUACUCGAAAGCUCCAUUGGGUGUGCUGGAGGAGAAAGAGCAGCAGGAAAGCCUUUCCUCAGAUGCACCACUUGAGGUUUUUCUUGAGCGUAGCCGCACACGCCGGCACUGCGGCCCUGGCGCCAAGGACUCGAAUCGGGUUGAGGUGAAGUCUUCCGUUGGUAGUCACCACAAAGAUGAGGAUGGUACUUCCUCGACGUUUUCCGGUGCUCUUCCGAUCGCGUUUGAGCGACGAAAGAAGACUCGCAAUAUCGGAAAGGUAAAGCAAUCUACAUACGAGGUAUUGGAUGCCGAGUUGUCCGUCUCGCUCCCCGAUGAAGAUGAAGCCCCGUUGAAUGCUCAGCUCAUCUACACGUUGAUUAAGCGCUUGCGCAACCCUUCGGAUGAGGUUUCCUUGGAGGCGUUCGACUUCGUCGACUUCAGCGAUGAGAACUUCAAAGAGGAACUUGGACCACUCAAGCAAAUCAAGGCGCUCCUCGAGGAGAAGGCGAGCAAUCCCAUGAUGGAAAACGUGAAGCACGACCAUGCGGUCAAGGAGGCUGUUCAGUCUCUUCCACCGGAUAAUGCUAUCGCCGCUAAGGUGAAGGCUAUCAAGAGUUGCCAAAUUAGACCAUCGAAACCGAGGAUUCGGUUGUACAGAGGUGGGGAAGCAGAACUGAAGAAGGCGGAGGCAAUUGCGGACCUCGUGCGGCGCCUGAAAGAUCCCAACACGGAGGUGCCGCUGCGUGCCUUUGAAGAGGUGGACUGGAGCAAUCGCGAUUUCGACAUGAUACUCGCUUUGCUGCAGCCGAUCCGUGCGUACAUGGAGGCGAAGGAAGUGGCCAAGGAGAAGCCUGUUGAGGGCACGAUGAGUGACGCAUCUGUGUUGGAUAACAAGAUCAAGGAGGCGAUAAUGUCGCUACCCUCAGAGGAGGCUGUCGCCGCGACGAUGCGCGUAGUGAAGAACCGCGCCAUGUCGAGCAGCCCAUCCAACGGCGAUGCUAUUCGUCACUUGGUAGCACGCUUGAAGGAAUCAGGACAGACUGUGAAGCGGUGCGAGUUUGACAAGCUGGACUGGAAUGACCGCAACUUCAGUCGUGAACUGGAACCACUGCAGCAGAUUCGUGCGUGCAUGGAGGCGAUGGAGGCUCUCGAACAGAAGCCGGGCGAGAAUGUGAUGGCUACUCGACCGGCGCUGGAUGAGCAGAUCAAGGUGGCUAUUAUGUCGCUGCCACCUGAAAAGGUGAUUUCUGUAAAAACGCAGAUGCUGAAGAUGUAUGAGAGGGCCUCCACAACAGCUCAAGGCUCGCAGAGAGUGAAGGUCACAAAGCUGUCUGCUCCAGCUGGGACGAAGAAGAAACUGAAGGACAGUUUCAUAAUGUCGAACCCGAGCAAAAAGUCGAAGGCAAAGGAGGGCAGCCUGUCGGCCUCGAGCAGCCAGGUCAUGCAAGUAGGCGCGAGGGUAAUGUCGUUGAAGCAGCCAAAGUACGCCGCAAAGGAGAGCACUGCCCUGUCGGCCCCUGCGAAGAAAGUGCGUCGCUCGCGAAUCCGGGGUGACCGCAGUGUUUCGAUCUCAAAGGUGGAUGAUGACACUCCUCCCGGUGAGAUCAUCGACGAUAAUCAGAAGCUCCCAGAGAGCCGCGAAUUGCCACUCUCGGAGGCUGGCGCAACGUCGCAAUGCCUUUCGCGCAUGCCAUCCCGUCCUGCCGGGACGAAGAAGCCUGAGCGGCGCACCCGAAACUACCGACAGGUCAACAUCUCGUUUAGUAGCGUUCCCACGGGGGAGCCUGGCGUGAUUCAAGAAGAGAACGAGUUAGUAGGCACCAAGCGCAAGGCCAGUCGCCGACGCGCACCUCACAAACUCUGCCGCAGCCUCUCCAUCACUAGCCUCCCCGAUCUGGAAGCUGACGAGUUGCUGGAGGAGCCCUCGCCAUUGAAUACGAGAGGUGUGGCACCGGCCCCUCUGGCGCCUGCCAGGAAAGCAAAGCCGCGGCGGUUGCGUACCAAGGUCCCCGGCAACAACGCCCAGUUUGAUCAGCCCUCGAACGAGGUGGCCAGUGAUCUGGACGACAACCACACCGCUCUUCGGGGCAAGGCACACUCCGUCACGAAGAAGAAGCGCCGUCCGAGGGUGAACAACAAGUCGUGCAGUUUCCUGGAGGUGUACCUGGACGAGGUGUGUGAGAUUCACGAUGAGAGUGCCGCUGAGCUAAAGGGCGCCGAGCUUCACCACGAUGCCUCGCCACCUAAGAGGACGCAAAAGCUCGUGCGUCGACGCAGGCCUGCUGGCGAGGGUAACGGGCAUGCUCUGGACUACAGCAAACCAGAGAUGGGAGAGGCCGGCAAGCUUGACGAUGCUCAACACUCCAACGCUGCGACGGCGAAGCGACGGCGGGUGAAUGUGCAUCGCCCCCGCAGCGCACACACCUCGCUGAUCGGUGAGCUGCAGAGCGGCGAGAUCGUCGAGCGGCCAGAUGAGACACACAUCCUGUACACUUCCUCUCCUGCAAGCACCCCUAUCCCUGAAGAGGCAAGUGCCAGGCGCGUCAAUCGUCAGGCUCUCCCAGCCAGGGCUCAGAAGAUGUCGUGCAUGACGUGUGACUUCUCAUCCACCGCGCGGAAGCGCCGACAGCGACUUCACAUGAGCAAGGAGCUGAGUGUCUCGGCUAUUCCGGAGAACCUAGUAGGUGAGAUCGUCGAGAAUGCACCGGAUUUGCUCGCCGCAACAGCGUCUGUGAGCGGCUCUUUCUCGAAUGCUCGUCUGUCAAAGGUCCACACGGGGUCAGCGAGGCGAUUGCCUCUGUUGAAGGGCAGUGGGCGAGGCUCUUUGCGCUACGCCGACCCGCCAAACUCGUCUUUGAGGUCGUCUGCAAAGAGUCGUAAGGAGGUUAUCAUGCCGAACGUCGACGCUUCCUUUAUUCCAGACACGGUCUCCAGCUCACCAACACCUCCGUCCAGCGCUCUCCGUCGGUCAGCGGAGGCAGCCCCCCACGUUACCAUGGUAGCCGCCAAGCUGUGCGACGAUAUCCAGUGCAUACCCUCAGUGUGA